AUGUGCUCCCUCCAGGUUGAGAAGAGGUGGAUCAGCUGGGGCCUCUAUAAGACGGGGAGUUUGGGAGGUGUGGCGCAGUGCGCUCACAGUACGACUUGCAGACACAGCAGGCAGGGACUUCAUGGCUCUGAGCCUGGGCUCGGACACAGGUCACAGAGACCUCGUCCGGAGCAGUGGCCUGAGGCACCAUCAGCAGAUCAUGCUGCCGAGAAGCUGUGUCCACACGGUGUGGUGACUGGAUCAGUGAAGGACCGCCAUACAGAUUGGGAGCUGAGGGAGACGCUCCUCACAGAGAGAGGAGCUCACAGCCCGGUAGGCAUCGCGGCAAGAUAA